AUGCUUGUUGGAUUCAGGGACACGACCAAGACCCGGCCAGGGAUCCAGAAGAUAUCUGAACUCCAGAGACUCCAACGGAAGCUCCAACAACUUCAACGAGAAGUUAGGGCCCUGGUCAACCUAGGAAACACGCUAAGGAUUUUUAAUGAAGGGCUAGGAUUUAUAUGGUGCUCUAAAUUCAUUCUUGAGGAAUGGGUAUCUACACCACACUCCGUUGCGAAAGGGACUAAUACAAGCGAUGAGCGGAACCUUCAGAGUUUAAUAUGGGUUACCUUAUGGACUUAUGGAGGGCAUAUAGGAGCUCCCGGCCAGGCCGCACAGUCGUUGAAUGGGCACUGCUAUAUCAAGUUGCGUUCCAUGCCAACAGCAGAGAACUCACACCGUCAGGACCUGAUACUGCGCAAAAAAAGACCAACAAUAGUAUGUCAAUUGUGUUUCAAGUUAAGACACCAUUUAUUUCUCUUUUACAACUCUUUUAUGGUACACAAUACUAGGCUAUACUAGUGUCAAAAUUUGUUGUUUAGACAUUCAAUGGGGAGGAUGGUGGGAAGCUCUAAGCUCUUAUCCCUUCAACCUACCUACACCAAAACCGUGUUUCCAUGACCCUUCCUAGCUCCGACAGAAGACCAGAAUAUAAUAAUAUGCUUAUGAACUUGUGGCCA